AUGGCGAACUCUAAUGAGCUCAACGUCUACUUUGGCCAAGAUUCCCUCAAAAAGUACUUUGACCCCGACUCGCAGCCCCCUUUGCCUCUGGUUGAGCUGCCGCCGUACCUGAAUCCGUACUACGAAGAUGGCGUGCGGAUAUAUGCGAAGAUGAUGACGAUGCAUCCUGCUAAUAAUGUCAAAGCUAUGCCGGCAAUGAAUAUGCUUCAGUCAAAUGUGGUACCCGAAAAGACAAAGACGAUCAUCGAGUACAGCUCCGGCUCUACAGUCAUUUCCAUGUCGAUGAUUGCCCGAGUCAUGCAUGGCGUGCACGACACUCGAGCCUACCUUAGCAACAAGACGAGCGAGGCAAAAUUGAGGCUGAUGCAGUUCUUCGGGCUCAACAUUAGUCUCUUCGGAGGGCCGUCUCAACCAGAGCCAUACGACGAGCGAGGCGGCAUUCAGAGUGCUCGGAGGAUGGCCAUAGAGUCAGACGAAAUCCUCAACCCGAAUCAGUACGAGAACGAUAAGAAUUGGCAGUCACAUAUCCGCUGGACCGGACCACAGAUCUUUAAACAACUUCCUCAAAUCAACGUUCUCUGUGCCGGCAUGGGAACAUCAGGAACCAUGACUGGGCUAGGCACAUACUUCAAGCAGACCAAGCCAUCGGUGGUACGUCUUGGAGUGUGCACGGCGCCAGGAGACCGAGUGCCUGGACCGAGAUCAUUUGCUCUGAUGAAGCCCGUCGAGUUUCCGUGGAAAGAGGCCGUGGACACCAUCGAGGAAGUCAACUCUUAUGACUCUUUCUCCCUCUCGCUGGAACUCUGCCGAGAGGGCAUUGUCUGCGGUCCAUCAUCUGGGUUCAACUUGCAGGGUCUCUAUCAAAUGCUCGAGAAGCGUAAGAAGGCUGGUACAUUGCCUCAGCUCGCCGGGCCGGAUGGCUCAGUCCACUGCGUCUUUCUAUGCUGCGACUUGCCUUAUCAGUAUAUCAGCGAGUAUUUUCAGAAACUGGGACCGGAGAAGUUUCAUCCCAUCCAAAACGAGGAUCUCACUCGUGUUGAUCUGUACCGCUACGACGAAAGCUGGGAGAGAAGCCCCGUUGUGCUCUUUACGCACUUUUACGAGUCUCCAAAGGCCUGCUCGCAAGACCUGCUGAGCAGGCUGACUCUCCGUCCGCAGUGCUGCGUCGUCGACCUGAGAACGGCAAUUGAUUUCAACUCCUGGCAUCUGCCUGGUUCGGUCAAUAUCUCGCUUCGAACCCUCGACUCGCACACAGGGAAGCCAUUUGCGGAUCCCAAGGUGUUGGAAGCACAGUGGCUAGAACUGGAGGCAUUGCUCAAGGAGCAGAGCGUGCUAAACAGGCUCUGUGACCAGCACGUCCUGGUCAUCUGCUACAACGGAGAUACAGCAAGAGUUGCCACGAGUGUUCUUCGAGCGCAGGGUAUACAGGCUGAUAGUCUCCGUGGAGGAUAUCAGGCUCUCAAGGACCAAGGGCUAUGGGGCGAGGGCGGAGUAGAGUCGGUUGGUGAAAAGUCAUUUACGAAUCCUGCAGUGUCUGUAACGGCCAUUUCUUUGCAGACCAACUAAGCUCUAGGCGAUUUGAUGUCAUAAGGCCCAUUUCUACUCUAUAUCUCCGUACUCUCAUCAGGCGACUUGUGGCAGCACUUAUCAGCCACUUGAGUCGCUCAAAUUCAUUCAGUGAUUGCAAGC